AACGGCGUUGCUCUGUAGAAGUGAAAUGUGAAAUCAUAUGAUAACGCUCAUGCGUAAUUGGUCACUUUUGUUAAAGUGAUGGGUAAACAUAACCGAGCAUCUUUCGGAGCAGCAAAUAUCUUUUGAGUGGUGCUUGACAUUAAAUUAAAAAGCAAGAUUCCCAAUCGGUUAUAAAUGACUUAAACCAUGAACUCUUAUGAUAAACCUCCACCAUAUUCACCUCCAGAAUGUACUGAACAACCCCAAGCACCAACUGCUCCUGUUGUUGCACCCAAUAAUUAUGCAACACCUCCACCGUAUUAUCCCCCUGCAUCUACUGUGGUUUAUCCAAGUGGUUAUCAAACUGCGCCUGUGAAUCCAUAUGAAAAUCGUGGACCACCUCAAAUUAUCUAUACUGGGCCGCCUCAAUAUGGCACUGUCCCAAUUCCUUCAAAUACUGUGGGAUGCUGUCCUGCGUGUAGGGUUGGUUAUCUUGUAGAAGACUAUCCUUGCAUUGGUAUAUGCCUUGCUCUUUUCUGCUUUCCAUGUGGUAUUUGUUGUUGUCUUGCUAUGAAACGCAGGCGUUGUCCAUAUUGUGGAGCUUCAUAUAAGUGAUAAUAUUCUACAGCGGAAUUUUAUGCAGCAAUGUUAUAUUUUGUAUUAUAUCAAUAAAUUGAUAACUUUUCACUACCUUUUAAAACUUGAAUGUGAUCAAUUGUGUAAGAUUUUUUAAAAAUUUUAUGAAAGAAAGAUUUUAGAGCUUAAUAUAC